CCCACCCUUCCUUUUGCUGGGCAGGCGUGGGGGGAGGGGCCGGGCUGAAGCUGCAGUCGAGGCGCUCCGGGAGGGCAGGGCCAAGCAAGGGAGGGACUGGCCCAAGGCAGGCGAACUGGAGAGCCUGGAAGCUAACGGGUCCGGGCGCGGGAGGCGGCGGCGGCGGCGGCAGCUUUCUGCACGGGCGGAGGCGGCGGCAGGAGCGGCAGGCAUGGCCCGCGCGGCGCCCAGCGCAGACUGAGGGUCAUGCUGUGGCAACCUGGCACCUAGCAGGUGAGGAAGAGCCUGACGGGAUUACGGCUAGCAGGAGCCAAGGGCAGGACCACCUCACCCCAGAGGCAGGGGUGGGCAGGACAGCUGCCCUGCCGAGGCCGGCAGUCCCAGGGAAGUUGUCGGGAGCCUGGUGAGGAGCUCUUCAAGCUCUGCUGAACCACAUGGCUUAGACACAGCACCUUCCUGAGCAGCAGCCGUUCCCAGCCCCAGAGGACCCCACAGGAGGAGUAGGUGCUUUGUGAUCGGCUGUGCAGCUGCAGCUGGGGCUGCACUCACCAGGAGAGAGGACCAGCCCCGCUGAUUGGAAGCAUCAGAACAGAAGCUACAGAGAGGAAGGCCUUGGUUUUUGCAGCGGUUUCCUGAUGCCCAGAAAGAUUAUUGGUUUUCUUUUUUGGCCUUGGGUGUGGCUCCUUUCCCCUGGCCAAAUAGUCGGGCCAGGAGAGCCUGUGAGUGUGAAGAGGACUCUUGCAUGGAAUGCAGGCCCCCUGAAGCCAGUGUGCUCUCUGCCGUGAUCAGGGUUCCAGGACUUCCCCACUGCAGGGGAGGAGGGGCUGCCUCAGUGUCUGCUCAUGAGCCACAAGGACCCCGACUGUUCCAGACUGGACCUUUUCAAGCCACCAAAGAGGGGGAUCCCUGGAGCUGGCAGCCAGCAGUCACAAGGGACUAGAGGGCUGGGAUGGACUGACCUCUGCCUUGACAGGGUGGCAGAAGAAGCAGAGCCUUUGUGGCCCAGCUAGUGACUGAGAGAUCUGAUGAAGCCUUAAGCAGAGGCUCCCGUGGCUCAGGGACGGGGGGAGGGAGGGGGGCUACUCCUGUAGACGUGCUUUCUCCUUGUUUGAGGGAGGGUGUGGCAAGAGUCCCCUGCCACACCUCGUGCCCCUAUGCCCUUUACACGUGCUGCCAAAACAAGCAGGCUGCACCGUGGCUGGCCCCACAGUGGGCUGGGAAAGGAUUGGCCACGGUGACAGCCGCCCCCGUGGCCAGCACGAUGAAGUGCUCCCUGCGGGUGUGGUUCCUCUCUGUGGCCUUCCUGCUGGUGUUCAUCAUGUCCCUGCUCUUUACCUACUCACACCACAGCAUGGCCACCUUGCCCUACCUGGACUCGGGGGCCCUAGGUGGAACACACCGGGUGAAGCUGGUGCCAGGGUAUACGGGACUACAGCGCCUUGGCAAGGAGGGGCUUCCGGGGAAAAGUUGUGCCUGCAGCCGCUGCAUGGGUGAUGCUGGUACCUCUGACUGGUUUGACAGCCACUUUGACAGCAACAUCUCACCUGUCUGGACCAGAGAUAACAUGAAUCUCCCCCCAGAUGUCCAGAGGUGGUGGAUGAUGCUGCAACCCCAGUUCAAGUCACACAACACCAAUGAGGUGCUGGAGAAGCUGUUUCAGAUCGUGCCUGGCGAGAACCCCUACCGCUUCCGGGAUCCCCACCAGUGCCGGCGCUGUGCUGUGGUGGGAAACUCAGGCAACCUCCGGGGCUCUGGCUAUGGACAAGAUGUGGAUGGCCAUAACUUUAUCAUGAGGAUGAAUCAGGCACCAACUGUGGGCUUUGAGAAGGAUGUUGGCAGCCGAACAACCCACCAUUUCAUGUACCCCGAGAGUGCCAAGAACCUGCCUGCCAAUGUCAGCUUCGUGCUGGUACCCUUCAAGGCCCUGGACCUAAUGUGGAUUGCCAGCGCCCUCUCUACAGGACAGAUCCGAUUCACCUAUGCUCCAGUGAAGUCCUUCCUUCGAGUGGACAAAGAAAAGGUCCAGAUUUACAACCCAGCCUUCUUCAAGUACAUCCAUGACAGGUGGACGGAGCACCAUGGACGGUACCCUUCCACAGGGAUGCUGGUGCUCUUCUUUGCACUGCAUGUGUGUGAUGAGGUGAACGUGUAUGGGUUCGGGGCUGACAGCCGAGGCAAUUGGCACCACUACUGGGAGAACAACCGGUAUGCGGGCGAGUUCCGGAAGACAGGCGUACAUGACGCCGACUUCGAAGCCCACAUCAUUGACAUGCUGGCCAAGGCCAGCAAGAUCGAGGUCUACCGAGGGAACUGAGCUGCCCAGGGCACAUCAGGACCAGUGAAGCUUCGGUCCGGCGAGCACAGGAUAUCGCUCACCAAUCAGACUCUGCUGUUUCCAGCAACCAAUCAGUGCUGCCGUCAGGCGGGAGCUUCUCUUUCUCAGCCAAUCAUGCGACUCAAGGAGAACUUCCGGCGCCGCUGUCUCCACCAAUCAUGGCCUUGGGAGGCGGCGGGGCCUCGACCCCUCUCCCCCUCCUCACCUUGCUUUGGAUAAGUUUUCUUUUCCACCUUUUAAGAGGCCAGUUCUAGUCCCGGCAGGAGCGCCUUGGACUGCUCAUUUCUCAGUUAGGCCUGGAUGGGUGAGUGAAGCCCACCAAAGAAAUGUGGCCGCAGUGAGACCUCCUCCAGGGCGUUCCGUGGCUCACCAGGUGGUAGGGGAUUAGUCUCACCCCCAGCUGGGUGAACCUCCCUAGGGCCUCACUCCACUUGUCAGCAAGGGGUAGGAGCUCCACCCGGUCACUUGCAAGGUGCUUCUCUCUCGUGUGCCCUCACUUCUACUGUCCCCCACCACGUUCUUAGCGUCUGACCUUCGGCCCUGGGCUUUCAGCUCUCCUGUUGAUCUUGAGACAAAAUGACACCACAGGGAGGGAAGCUGCUGCUCACGCACUCAGUCAUUCGCGCGCGUGCACACGCGCCACACACACACACACACACACACACACACACACACACACACACACACAGCAGCAGCAGCAGCAGCACAGUGGACAACAGGCUAGGGAGGAGAGCCCAGCUGCCUGUGCAUGUACUUUUUUCUUUCAUUGUCACCCCAAAGAGGAGCAGGCAGCCCUUUGCUUGGGGUAGGAUUUGCUUUGGGCUCAUACUUUAGUUCCCCUGAAGCUGCCAGGGAUGGCUGCCCAAGAUUGCUUGACAAUUCUUUGCAGGCCUUGCAGAUGUCCUGGAGCUUUGCUGGGGAGGAGUGGAUUGGUGGCUGCCAGGCACGCCUCCUCCUGUCCACCCUGCUUACUCGCCUGUCCUAACGCACUUUCUGGCUCCUAGAGAGCUGCUGAGUAAAGAAUUAGGGGUUACAACUGGAAGCUACAUGCAUGACUCGACCCGAGUCAAGGUUGAGAUGCAGUGGGUGAAAGGGCUUCAGUGACUUAAUCGGGCCACAGAAAGUACUCCCCCUUCCCUGCAGUGUGCACAUAAAUUAUUUCCCAUUCUUAACUCGACAUUAUCCAGCCUCCUGGCUGGGGGAAAGUCACCCAAAGGGAGAGUAUUAGAGGGUUGGGGUGAGGUAGCAGGUACCCCUAAAAACUAAUACAUUAGGAACCUUUUUUGAAUCUGUCCCCAUUCCAAAAGCAGGGGUGGAGGAAAGGGGGAUACGCUGAGUGGGGCUACAGGGGAACCUCUCAGGGCUCUGGCCAUCUGCAGUCAAGGCACCAGCGUUCUGCUCUUGCCUGUCUCAUCUCUGCUCUCAAGACGCUGCUGUGAUGAGAAGUUGAAAAACAAUGCAAUUAUGCCAAACAGUAUUGAGAAGAAUAAUUUAUUUUUCUCCCCUUCCUCCCCUUGUAUUGUUUAAACCAUUAAUCCCCAUUCUGGAAGAGAUAGGUCCCAGCACCCAGAUCUUUUCUUCUAGUUAUUUAAACAUUUGAAUUUUUCCUUCCCUUUCUUUUUCUGAAUUAAAAAGAACAAACCCCA